GAUAUAGCCAAAUGCCACCUUUUCCAGAGGUUUGAAGUGACAUUUUAUUUGAAUACCUAAGAGGGAAAGGUUUUUUUUUUUAAAUGCCCCAGGGCUCACGUGACAGACCCCUAAUGCAGCCACUGGGCCACACACAUAUUUAUACUGUCGUCGACUGUUCUGUAUAUCCAGCCCAGGCAAUGGCAUUUUACUUUGCAACAACGUAAUGCAAGUAGCCCUCAGGCUUAUUUCAGGCUGUAGAUAUUACUCGCCAUCGCCAAACUGCUACUACUCCUCAGAUUUUCCCUUCUCCUCACCCGCCUUGGCGCGCAAAACCCCCCACCUCAGCCUCGUCACUCGGGUCCCACCUCAGACUCCCCGAGCAAUAGAAAGCUUUGCUUCGCGCUACUGCUGAUCACGUGCCUCCCUCGCCUCGUUCGCGCAACCUGUCACACACUGUCACGAUGGCGGAGGCCGUCGGUGGCCGGUAUGGAUCCGGGGCAGUGUUUCUCCUUUUUAUCUCCCUCUCCCCGCGGCCGGUUUCCCUGUGGCUGCUAGGACUCAGACCAGAAGAUACAGUAGGCGGACAUGUUAGCCUAGAAGGUGGUACCCUGAGGGCAUCCGAGGGAAGUCGCUUUACUCUCCGUGUUUAUUUCCAGCCGCCUCUACCGGCGCAGCAACUUCAGCCCCCGCUCCUGUACAAUACCCCGACGGCGGAAAACGCGAGCAGCCCUAGACUGGUGUUUAUCGAGGAGCCUCGGUCCCCUAGCGGUUCCAAUCCGUGCCAAGACGAGGGGGCAUGGGCCUCGGACGUGGAGGUGAUGGGCCCGCUUCAAUCCUCGCCGGCCCUCGUAGGCUCUGCGGUGGUGGAGGUGCGGGUUAGAGAGCUGAGGAAAGGCGAGCGUUGGAAGCUGUUCUCCCUCUGCGCCUUUGAUGGGAGCCGAUGGGAACAUCACGCCGGAGGCCACUUUGCGCUGGAGGUGCGAGAGGCUGAGGCGGGACUGCCGGUCUGGCUGCGAGUGUUGGUGUCGCUUCUCCUUUUGGGCUUCUCUGCUGUGUUCUGCGGCCUCCGGCUCAGUCUCCUGUCUCUAGACCCCGUAGAGCUGCGGGUGCUGCAGAACAGCGGUUCGGCCGCGGAGAAGGAACACGCCCGCCGGGUCCAAUCAGUGCGCAGCAGCGGCUCCUACCUGCUCUGCACUCUGCUGCUGGGUCACGUGCUUACUAAUGCGUCCCUGGCCGGCUGGCUCUGCUCUUCUCUACCUGUCACAGCCGCGGGCAAUUGGCUGCCAGUGCUGGUGUGCGCCGCCUGCGUCUUCCUAUGCGGGGAAGUAGCUCCUUACUCGGUGUGUUCUCGCCAUGGCCUGGCCAUCGCCUCCCGCACCGUCUGGCUCACACGUCUACUCAUGGCCGUCGCCUUCCCGGUGUGUUUCCCUCUCAGCCGCUUGUUGGACUGGGCUCUGCGCCAGGAGAUCAGCACCUUCUACACCCGCGAGAAGCUCUUGGAGACCCUACGAGCCGCCGACCCUUAUAACGAUCUGGUAAAGGAGGAGCUGAACAUCAUCCAAGGGGCCUUGGAGCUCAGGACUAAGGCGGUGGAGGAUGUGCUCACCCCGCUGGGAGACUGCUUCAUGCUGCGCUCAGACGCGGUGUUAGACUUCAGCACAGUCUCCGAGAUUCUCCGCAGCGGCUACACUCGCAUCCCGGUGUACGAGGGGGAAGAUCGAUCCAACAUCGUCGACAUCUUGUUCGUCAAAGACUUGGCCUUUGUGGACCCGGAUGACUGCACCCCUCUGCAGACUGUCACCCGCUUCUACCACCGGCCCCUGCACUGCGUCUUCAAUGACACCAAGCUGGACGCUGUGCUCGAGGAGUUCAAGAAGGGAAAAUCGCAUCUCGCAAUAGUCCAGAGAGUUAACAAUGAAGGAGAAGGAGACCCCUUUUACGAGGUGAUGGGCAUUGUCACACUAGAAGAUAUUAUCGAAGAGAUCAUAAAGUCUGAGAUCCUUGAUGAGACUGAUCUGUAUACAGAUAAUAAAAAAAAAGAGAGAAUCCCACACCGUGAGCGAAAACAACACGAUUUCUCACUUUUCAAACUUUCAGACAGUGAAAUGAAGGUAAAGAUUUCCCCACAACUUCUUCUGGCUACACAUCGCUUUAUGGCAACAGAGGUUGAACCUUUUAAAGCCCCCUAUCUAUCAGAAAAAAUUCUACUACGUCUUCUAAAGCAUCCAAAUGUAAUCCAAGAGGUAAAGUUUGAUGAGAAAAAUAAAAAAGCAUCAGAGCAUUAUCUAUACCAACGGAAUCGGCCUGUGGACUAUUUUAUAUUAAUUAUACAGGGAAAAGUCGAAGUAGAAGUUGGCAAGGAGGGACUAAGAUUUGAGAAUGGAGCAUUCACAUACUAUGGAGUUCCUGCUAUCAUGACUGCAGUGUCUUCAGUAGAUAAUGACGUGAGAAAAGUUGGGAGCUUGGCUGGGUCAUCUUUUCUGUUACCUGUGUCUGUAUCUCGCACCUUCGCUUUCAGCAGAGGGGAAUCUUUGGCUGGAUCCCCAGUAAACAGAUCCCCUUCUCGCUGCAGUGGGUUGAAUCGCUCUGAAUCCCCUAACAGAGAGCGCAAUGACUAUGGUGGAAGCACUAACCAAUUAAGCAACAGCAACAACAAUCUCUACACACCUGAUUAUUCAGUACACAUCCUUUGUGAUGUGCAGUUUGUGAAGCUCAUUACUGCGAAAAUAUUUAUCACAAUUCCUGCCCCACCCAGACAGAACAGCAGAGGGUGAUCCCCCUCGCUGAUUUGCAUAUGCAAAUUAGGGUUUGGUUCGGUAUUCGGCCGAAUCUUUCACAAAGGAUUCAGGGGUUUCGGGUUCGGCCAAAUCCAAAAAAGUGGAAAAAAUGGGUGGGUAUAUAUCCCCUAUAAAUGUUUGAUUGUUCAGGCUCUCUUGGACAAUUGAAAAUUUCGUGGGCCAGUGACCAAUCAGUGAUCAUGCUAAAAUGUAAAAUGUUAGUUACUAGAGCAGGACUCAUGUAAUUUUAAAGAUCAUACUAUGUUUCAACUGUAUGUUCUUGCUGACUUGCAAAGGGCAACACAGCAGGCCACUAUUUCCAAAAUAGAGGGCUCUUAUCCUGGUUUGAAAUCACAAUAUUUGGCAAGCCCUUGAAUUUAAAGAAUGAACCAGUGAGAGAAACUAGAAAGCAGGAGAGACAGGGAUUCUUGAAAAUAUUUGCACUUUUUGCAAUUUAUUUUUCUGGCAUUUUUUAUUUACCUGUAAAUUAGUGUCCUACAGCUUUGUCUACCCCUUAAUAGUGACAGUACUCUGACAUCUGUGGACAAUUCCAAGGCAAAGGAGGAUGAACAAUGUUGUGUCCUGAAGGAGAAAACUGAGUUCAUUAUUAAGGUGGAUGUGGUAGGACUGGAAGUAAUCAAAAAGAAAGACAGAUGUUCUCUCGUGACCUGGAAUAAAUGUACCAAUGUUUAAAUAUGUAAUAUAAAAAGGUGAACAUCACAUGACAUGCGCACAAUUGUGGUUUGCUCACAUGCUCCACACUGAAUGCUAAAAAACAGAAAAAAAUUGUUUUUUUUACUAUAAAAUCCAAAUUUUUAGUGGAAAAAAAAAAUUCAAAUUUUCGGGAUUUAGUAUA